AUGUCACCAGGACGCAUUUGGGCCGAGAUCGGCAAGUCGUCGAAAGUUGACAAGUCACAGAAGCACUCAGACCAAAUCACAGCCGUGCUAUCUGUGAUUGUGGUCGACAACAUUGACGCCCACGUGUCCAAGGAGUCGUCGGACACCAUUGCCCGCGACCUCUUCAGUGUGCUUGAGCCAUUGCGCCGAAGUUGA